AUGGGUGCUAAUAUUGCCAAGUUUUUGCACCUUGCUCUGCUUCUAUGGAGCGUGGUCUGUGCUUUAAUGAGUGAUAUUGGUCAUGGGAGGUAUGUUGAUGGUAGUAGCUUUGGUGAUCCUAGUCAGUGGAGGUUUGAUAACGAUAACGGAGAUGACUAUUGCACCUAUAGAAGUUGGAGGGGUUGCGGGAGUUUAUUUGGAAAACGUAGUAGCAAUUCUAAGAAUGAAGAAGAGAAUGUAGCAGUUCCUACUCCUAGUGGGGGAGUUGCUAAGGGUUCUGGACAAGGGGGUGAUGGUGGUAGUGGAAGGGGAGGGGGAGGAGGAGAGGGCGGAAGUAUUGGUGAAAAUGGUGCAGGAUAUGGUCAUGGUGGUGGUUUUGGUGUUGGGGUGGGCAAUGAAGGAGGAGGAGGUGGUGGUGGUGGUUCGAGUAAUAGUUUAGGUUAUGGAGGGAUAGGUCAAGGUAGUGGAUUUAGUAGUGGCUUUGGUGUAGCCGGAGGUAAUGGAGGAGGAGGUGGUGCGGGUGGAGGGGGAAGUAAUUCUAGAGGAGGACAAGGUCAUGGAAGUGGUUUUGGUGAAGGUGGAGGAGUUAGCGACAUUGGUGGAUAUGGUGGUGGGGGAGGAGGAGGUGGAGGUGGAGGUGGUGAAGGUGGAGGAGUCGGUAAUGGGGGACGAGGCCAUGGUAGUGGUUUUGGUGCGGGUGCAGGAGGAGGUGGCACAGGAGGAGGAGGAGGAGGAGGAGGAGGUGGGGGUGGAGGUGAAGGUGAAGGUGAAGGUGAAGGUGAAGGUGAAGGAGUUGAUAAUGAAGGGCAAGGUCAUGGUAGUGGUUUUGGUGCAGGCAUAGGAACAGUUGGCAUGGAAGGAGGUGGAGGAGGCGGUGGCGGUGAAGGUGGAGGAGCUGGCAAUGGAGGGCAAGGUUAUGGCAGAGGUUUUGGUGCAGGUGGAGGUGGAGGAGUAGGUGGCAUAGGAGGAGGAGGAGGUGGUGGUGGUGGUGGGGGUGAAGGCGGAGGAGUUGGCAAUGGACAAGGUCAGGGUAGUGGUUUUGGUGCAGGCAUAGGAUCAACUGGGAUGGGGGGAGGAGGAGGCGGGGGAGGUGGAGGAGGGGGUGGGAAUGGAUAUCAAGGUUAUGGAAGUGGCUUUGGUGCAGGUACAGGUAUAGGUGGCAACGGAGGAGAAGGAGGGGGAGGUGGUGGGGGGGGAGGGGGCGGAGGAGGAGUAGUAGUAGAUGGCAAUGGAGGACAAGGUCAUGGUUAUGGGAGUGGUUUUGGUGGUGGUACAAGUAAUGGUGGCAUGGAAGGAGGAGGAGGUGGUGGUGGCGGUGGCGGGGGUAGUGGUGGGUAUGGUCAAGGUAGUGGCUUCGGUGCUGGCAUGGGCAUGGGUGGAGUGGGAGGAGGAGGUGUAGAUAAAUGGGGAGGAAGAGACUAUAGUGGUAAUGAUAAUACCAAAGGUCUAAACAACAAUCGUAAUGGCAUGGGAAUUGGAUUUGGCAUGGGCAUGGGCAUGGGCAUGGGGUUUGGUUUUGGCAUGGAAAGUAAUGGAGCAAAAGUCACUAAUCAAGGUAAUAUGAAUGACCCUUGA